UUCUCCACUUUUAAAAAUAUUCGCUCUCGCUCUCACAUUGAUAACAGAUCGACACUUCCAAUUUCAGGAGUUUUCUUCAUUGAGUUAGGUUCAUGCUCGAACAAUGGCGAAGCUUGUUCAAUUGACAAGAACAGUAUUCAGAUCCCUAAAACAUCAAUCAUCAUUCACUUUCCAAUUACAAUCUAGAAGAUCUUCUUUUUACUUUUUGAAUACAUAUUUUACAAAACCCUGGAAUUAUUCUCCCGAUCCGAGAAUAAGCUUCACGUCAUGCAGCUAUUCUUCUGUUAUUGAAGAAUUUCAGUCCCCUACAACCAUUGAUUACCGUUCUGUGCUUCCGGAAGAGAAGUAUCACAUGUUGGCUAAUUCCACGAUCCAUGACCUGCUAGAGAAGCUAGAGAAUAUGGAGACUCUGGAGAUUGAUGGUUUCGAUGUAGACUAUGGGAAUGAGGUAUUAACUCUGAAGCUCGGGAAUUUGGGAACCUAUGUAAUAAACAAGCAAACGCCAAAUAGACAGAUUUGGAUGUCAUCUCCCCUGAGUGGCCCAUCUAGGUUUGAUUGGGAUCAAAAUACCCAAGCUUGGAUUUAUAGGCGAACUAAACGGAACUUUAUCAAAGUUUUGGAAACUGAGUUGGAACAACUUUGUGGGAAGUCCAUUAACCUUUCUUCUGCCUAAAGUCGUAAAAUAAAUGUAACUUCUCCAGUAGUCAUUGGUACGAUAGUGAUUAUCUUUUAAUCAAAUGUGAUCUCUCUUUUUAUUUCUAUUUACCCCUUCUAGUUACGAUUUCACAUGCUCAACUGUUUGUAAUUGUAAAUUAUGCUACAUCAUAAUUAAUAAAUUAUGUACACUUAUAUAA